UGCAACCUCCUCUCAAACACUCCUCAACCCCUGCCUUUCCCAUCGAAAAUGGCGGAAGCAGUGCUCUUCAGCCUUGCCACUGACAUACUAAAAAGCCUCACCACUGAAAUGGCAAAACCUGGAGGCUUCUUCGCUUCUCAGAAUAUCCAGUUGCUCUGCUGUGCCAAGGACGAGCUCCAAAGCCUUGAAGGCACUGUCCAGACCAUCCAAGCUGUGCUUUUGGAUGCUGAGAGACAGCAAUGGCACAACAAUGAGCUCAAGCUCCGGCUCAAGAGGCUCAAGGAUAUGCUGUACGAGUUACAGGAUUUGCUCGACGAUGUCGCAACCGAAGAUCUGAGGUGGAAGGUCACUUCUGGCAACAAGAUGUUGAAAGCAGUACGCAUUUUCUUCUCUAAAUCAAAUCAGCUUGCACACCGUCUCAAAGUGGCUAAUAAGAUUCAGGAACUUAGGAAGAAACUGGUUCGGAUUAAAAAUGAUAGGGAGUUCAAUUUGGAGCGGCAUCUGAGUGAGGCAACUCUUUCUAUUGUGAGGAGGACAACUCACUCUUUUGCGCGAGAGGAAGAAAUAAUUGGUAGAGAAGAGGAUAAGGAGGAGAUCAUCGCACAAUUGCUUGAUUCCUCCUCCAGAGAGAGUGUGUCGGUUGUUUCCAUCGUCGGUAUAGGAGGACUGGGAAAAACCACGCUUGCUGAUCUGGUAUACAAUGAUGAAAAGGUGAAAGAAUGUUUCAAGCUUAAGAUGUGGGUGUGUCAUGGGGAUCCUAAAAUAUUUGAUGUGGAUUUGAUCAUCAAAGAAAUACUGAAAUCAGCCAAAGAUGGGUGUCAAGGGGAUCUUGAGAUGACAAAUCUGCAAGGCAUUGAAAAUAAGAAUGAGGAACAGUUGCGAAGGCUCCUUGGUAAGGUACUAGGUGGGAAGAAGUACUUGCUUGUUUUGGAUGACUUGUGGAAUGACGAUCGCCUGAGAUGGCUGGAACUCCAACCUUUGCUAAUGGGCGGUUCAAGGGGGAGCAAGAUACUCAUAACCACACGCAAUCGGUCAGUUGUGCAGGCUACGGAUGCGAAUUCAGUUAUCCAUGAUCUACGUGGCUUAUCUGAAGAUAAGUCAUGGGACUUAUUCAAGAAAAUGGCUUUUGGAAAUGGGGAAGAAUCAUUAGACUUGAGAUUGGAGGAGAUAGGUCGAGAUAUACUUAAAAAAUGCGCUGGCGUUCCCCUUGCCAUCAAAACAAUAGGUAGUCUUCUAUACGCCAAAAAUGAAAAAGAGUGGCUCAAUUUCAAGGAGCGUGAACUUUCAAAAAUAGAUAAGCUGGACCGUGGAAUUAUGGAAAUCCUUAAGCUCAGCUACGAUCAUCUUCCAUCACAUUUAAAACAUUGCUUUGCAUAUUUUGCAUUGUUUCCAAAAGAUUAUGUCUUUGAUAAACAGACAAUGAUACAACUCUGGAUGGCACAAGGCUUCAUUGAGUCAUUGGAGGGGAACGAGGACCUAGAAGAGACUGGGGAUAGUUAUGUCUCGGACCUACUAAGUAGGUCCUUCCUCGAAUUUGAAAUGGUCGAUGAUUACACUGGUGAGGUGAAAAUGUUCAAGAUGCACGAUCUCAUGCAUGAUCUUGCCUUGAAAGUCGCAGGAGAUGAGUGCAAGAUGGUUAAUCUUAAUGAAGGCAGCAUCAAUGGAGGAAUUCGACACGCAUCGUUUGCUUCACAAUCAUCCUCACCACAAGAAGUGACCUCUAUUCUUGAACCGAACAAUCUACGAACAUUUCUCUCUUUGAAAGAGAGCAGAGCAUUUGUACAGAAUGGGAUUCUGUCCAAGUUUAGGCAUUGUCGAGUGUUGGGCUUGGGCUAUGCGCAUUUUGGUAUCCCUACUUCCUUGGGAAGUCGGUCCAAGCACUUAAGAUUUCUUGAAAUUUCUGAAAACCUAUCCAUGGAGAGUAUGCCAGAUUCAAUCACAGAUUUGUUGAACUUACAAACCCUUAAACUCUUCGGUUGCAAGAAUCUUAAAACACUUCCGAGAGAUUUGAGGAAAUUGGUCAACCUGAGACACCUCUCAGUUAAUGGAUGUGACUCACUAAGCCACCUACCAUUCCUAAGUGAACUCCCUUUCCUAAGGACGUUGAAUCUCAUGGGCUUGGAUGCAUUGGAGUUCCUUCAAGAAAUUAGUUACCCAGAGCAUUCUAAUAUUGGGCGGCCCUUCUUCCCAUCUCUGAAGAGACUAUCGCUCCUCAAUUGUCGCAACCUAAAAGGAUGGUGGGGAAGACGGCAAAUGGUGGCAGCAGAUCAGGAUCGUGCACAGUAUGAUCAACAAUCAUCCUUCCCAAAACUUUCGUCCGCAGCAAUAUUGGGUUGUCCACACCUGAAUUCAGUGCCACUGUUCCCCUUGAUAGAAUACUUGAACAUAGCUAGCGCGGAGUUGUUGGAACAAAAGAUGGCCGUUCUAGAUUUUCCAUCAAAAGCACCAGUGGAAUCCACGUUCAUCCCUCUCUCUAAAUUGAAGGGUCUACAUUUUGCUGGUGGUGAUUUGGAGCACUCGAUGCUCGAGACUUUACUUCCGGUGCUUAACAACCUCAAGUCCAUGAGCCUUGAUGAUUGCGCCAAACUAAGGAGUCUCUCUUGUGGAAUGCAAUAUAUGUCCUCACUCGAGCACCUCGUCAUUGGUGCUUGUGAAGAACUUGAUUUGUCGAGCCACGAUGACGAGCAUGGCACCCAAUGGCGAUCUCUUGUUAAACUCCGCAUUCUUAGAAUCAAACAACUUCCGAAACUGGUGACAUUACCGGAGGGGAUUCAAUAUGUCCCCACUUUGCAAUUUCUCCAGAUUGAACGCUGUGAGAAUCUGACGAAUUUGCCCGAAUGGAUUGGUAAUUUCUCCUCGCUCAAAGUGCUUGAAAUUAUUGGCUGCAGGAGGUUGCGUUGUUGUGAAGGGAUUGUCCACCUCGCCGACCGACAGGAUAAAGUUAGAGUCAUCGGAAAUCCCAGGCUAGCGAUAAGUCUAGGCGCCCAUUCUCUUCGCUCGAAAAACUUACAUUUUUUGGCUGCAACAGUUUUCCGGACGGGAUUGUCCACCUUACCAACCUAG